AUGAAAGCAGAGGAUCCUAGUGCUAAGUAUGGCUGGAGAGCCGAGUAUAACCAUCACUACGAAGGGCUGUCACCUUUCGAGUACAAACCCCUAGAGGAUGAUCGCAAUAUACGCCUAUUACAAUUCCACAAGCAUGCAGCAUUAUCAGAGUUACAAGCAAAGUUAGGCAAGUCAACCACCGACCAUCUCAUCGGACCAAAUACGACUCGGGUGAGGAUUCGCCGGAAUCCAGACCCAGAUGACCUUACUUUCUGGCCGUUAGCAGUCACAUUAGUCGAGGUACCUCUGGACAAGUUGCCCCCGUUUCAAAGUAUAUCGUAUGUAUGCGGGCCCCAAGAGCAACGCGCAAUCAUCUGCAACGGUCGACUGUUGUUCAUUAACCGGAACUGCGCUCUCGCACUCUACCAUCUAUCCUGCGACCUGCAGGACUCAGAGAACGACUACAUCUGGGUGGACCAAAUUUGUAUCCACCAGGAUGAUGCGGCGGAGAAGGGCCAGCAAGUUGCGCUUAUGGCAGAGCACUAUUCUUGCUCGACCAGGACGGCCGCCUGGAUAGGGGAAAGCGACGAAGAAUUGGAAGAGUUGUUCGAGACACACAACAAGCCAACCACUGCGAUGCUCAUCGGUCAUGGAAAUGGGCUACCCUUUCAACGCGAAGGCAUCGCGAAACUGUUCUCGAACCCGUGGUUCCGUCGCGGCUGGAUCGUCCAAGAAGCGGGACUAUCGCGUGAGCUGGAGCUUUUCUGCGGAAGCUAUGUGGUUUCGUGGAGUACAUUACUGGACUUUUACCGAGAGAGCCUAGUCUGGCCUCGAUGGUCGCUGCCCGACCGGGAGACGAUAUAUCGCUUCAACCAGUUACGGCGAACGAUCAUCCAUUCAGAAACCCGCAGCCUCAACAUCAGACAAGCCCUGGAAUUCACUCAACACACGUCAGUGACCGACCAGAGAGACCGUCUGUAUGCGUUGUUUGGCGUCUGCAAGCCGAUCAGAGAACUGGCGGGAUUUCCAGACUAUACCAUCACAUCCGAGGAAUUGUACCUAAAGUUCGCCUUUGCGGUAAUCAAGCAGUACGUUCCCAGCUCUCCUUUCCUCUGGCAGAUGAUUACGAUCUAUGGCAAUGGCCCAGACGAUACGGAGCGCUUGCCAUCAUGGGCACCGGACUUCUCCCACGGCAAAUCUAGAUGCUUGAUCCAUCCUCUGAGCAGGAUGUCCGAUUUCGAAACGUCGUCGCGCUUGACGCCUUCUGCUCUUCUAACCCAGCAAUUUGAUGAAGAGUCACGUACUUUGACAUGCCAAUGCGUGGAUAUCGGCACCCUGGGACAUGUGCUGUGGGAUCGCCCAAACGAUCUUCACCAUACCCUCAUCGAGGACCCACAUGCAGUCCAGCGCAUCCUCGACGCCAAUGCAAUCCACGAGUAUAACAUGUCCGGCCAAGGCCGUCCCGUCCGGGUUAACCCAGCUCGCCCGACUGACCUGCUGUACCGGCUCGUCGAAGACGAUUACUUCGACAGUGCGAAGAAACUCCCAUUCCACAAUGCAGCCGAGUGGCAGGACAUGAAAGUAUUCGUCACCGCCCGUGAUGAUUGGCUGGCGGUGGCUCCCGCGUGUGCCCACGAAGGCGACAAAGUCGUUCUGUUCGAAGGGAACAUCCCGACUGGCCAAUUGUCGGUCCUGCACGGAAACGGGGACGGGUUGUGGAAGUAUGCUGGUACCUGCUUCCUCCUGGGCUGGAAGCCGCACGGUAGCAGGAAGAUUGUGGAUGAGUUGGGAACAUGUGAGGUUUCUUUGCGGUGA